UAACAGAUUGAAAAUUUUCACCCUCACUCGAUUGCGGCCGCGAUGCCCUCACAGGCAGUUGCCGUGGCGGCAGCAUCGCGCAGGCCUCAUCGGGGUCCCGCACGGGCCCAGCCAUCUGGCCUGGCUGAGUCGCAACACGCGCCAGACGCAGCAGCCGAAGCGGCCAGGAUGCGGCUGCAAGACACCCCCCCGAGCGACGGCCCCGCCCGGCUCGAUAUGACCCAGCUGAUACAAAAGCUGCAACGGGACGUUGAUAUACAGAAGGAGGUGGACCAGAACGUCGAAGCUCACUUCGCCCGCAUCCUGCGGGGCUACGAGGGCGACAAGUAUGAAGACCAUCGCAAGUUAGCGAUGUCGAUCGAGGACGUAGUGUUGGGGCACCUCCGCCUACAAAUGUUAGGGGAGAAAGAACGCCCCCGCUUUCCGUCACGGUCCCCACCGAAAACCGACCAGGGCUCGCCUGCGGACAGCCGCGCCGGAAAAGCGACGGUGCCCGAGGCGGCGAACCGCAGUUGGGCUACCGUGGCUGCCUCCACGGCAAUCUCCGCACGAGCGGCGACUACAACCCCGUCGAAGGGGGGCUCCACCCCACCCCCUCCGGUCAGGAAGCAGCCCGACCACCGGGUCCUAAUCCGGACCCAUCAACCGGGCCUGGACCCACGCGAACCCUUCGCCCUCAGGCGUAAAACGAGCGAAGCAGUGGGCGUUACCCUGGCUGAAAUACCAGCAGUUAUGCGCACACCGACCGGGUGGGCAAUUAGAGCAGCCAAAGCAACGAUCAAGGACAAGCUUCUGGAAGCAGGAGCACAGGAGGAAAUUAAAAGGAUUUUCAACGGAACCUUCAUUACAAUCCCACAAAGGUGGUACAACUAUGCGGUCCCGGGCGUUCCCCGCACGAUACACUCUCCCUGGGAUGACGAACCCCUAGACGUACAGCAUGCGAGCGGCCGCCCAAGCAGCACAGCCAACGGAGGUGGCCUUGAGCAAUAA